AUGUUGCAUUUUAUCGCUUCAUUAGCUCUUGCUGGCGCCGCCGCCGCUGACUACUUCAACGCUACUACCACCACUAACGUUGUCACCGAGUUCACCACUUACUGCCCAGAGGCCACUACUUUCGCUGUUAACAACAAGACAUACACUGUCACUGCUCCAACCACUUUGACUAUCACUGACUGUCCAUGUACCAUUGUCCCAACUACUGCUGCUCCAGUGUCUUCUUCUGCUGCUCCAGUGACUUUGUCUACUUCUACUUCAGUGACUUCCAAGGCUCCUGUCUUGUCCACCGCCACUGGUGCCGGUGCUAAGGCUGGUGUUGCCGGUUUGGCCGCCAUUGCCGGUGCUGCUGCUUACUUGUUGUAA